CAGAGGCAGAGAACAUAAAUCCUGAGCUCAGGAGGGAGACCAUUAGAACUAGAGAAGAGCGCAGGGAGCUGAAUCCUUACCCAGCCCAGCCUUGAGAGUGGAACUGGUGUGGUUCAACACCCCAAAGAGAAGGGAAAAGUGUCCUCCCAAUGGAAGAUGAGAACGAACCUGAGCAGAGCUCCUGGGCUCACCUCCCUGAUGUCUGUCUAAGGCGCGUCUUCCACUGGUCAGAUGACAGGGACAGAUCUCAUGCCGCCCUGGUCUGUAGAAACUGGAACUGGGCCAUGCACUCGGGGUCCCUCUGGAGAAGGAGAACCAUCACAUUCUGUGGCCAACCCUCAAGGGAGAACACGUUGGAGUUGCAAAGCGCGCUGUGGUACGUCAGGAAAUUUGGCCAGUAUCUGGAGCACCUUGAGAUCAAGUUACAGAAUCCUUACAGCAAGGCCUUCACCCGAAAAUUUCAAGUGACAAUGAGAGGUUUUUUUUCACACCUCAGUAGGCAUAACCAUCGCCUAAUGUCCCUGAGCAUCGAGUACCUGGGAUUAGACCGCUUGACGUGGAAAAAUGUAGUGAGGGCUCAGUUUCUCAAGAACUUAUCUACCUUCCUCAAAAGGAUGAGCAAACGGCUUGAUUAUCUCAACUUGAAAGGAGCCAGAGUAACCUUGGAAGAAGGCUGUGAGCUUCUGAAUUCUCUCAGCUGCUCUACAGAUAAAAGCUCUCUAUCUGAAAUCAAUAUGGAGGAUUUCUUCGGUCUCCACCUUCCUGUCUACAGCAGCGCCUUGUUCCACCAAACCAUGUCCAAGUUCCACAGCCUGGUUGUCCUGACCCUCAAUUAUAACUGCAUCUCUGAUGAACUGCUGGACGUCCUGCGGGAGCACAGCGCUCACUCCCUGUGCACCUUGAACAUCAAAUGUCACUCCCAAGACCCUCAUGAGCAAGUGGUCUGGGGCAUGUCGUGGGCAAAUUUGGCCAAGAGAGCCCCCAGACUGAGUGUGAACUUCUUCUUUGAAAGAAUCAUGAGGCACGAUCACCUUGCCAGGAUCCUGCUGGUGGAGAUCCCCGUCAGCAGCAUCAGUCUACGGAGCUACAGCUUCAGUGACCCAGACGUGACAAUGAGACCCACCAUCACCAACCUCCUCCCGGCCUACUGGCAUGUCCUGCAGCAAUUAACACUGGAAUUAAACAAUGACCAGGAGCACCUGGACGAUGAGCUACUACAGCUCGUCUUAUCGUGCCAGCGGCUGUCGUUUCUGGAAGUCCGGGCAUUUCUAAGUGUCACCUUUGUGGAGAGGCUGCUCCAAAACCGUGCGGAAAGGAAAUGUACUUUGACUACUCUAAAGGUCAGGAUAUUCACAGCCCAACAAGACACCACUGAGGAGGAUCGGCUCCUGCGUGACAUCUACAGGAGGUUCAAAUCCCUGAUUGACUCAGAGCUUCAUUAUUUUGUUGUCGUCUACCCCAUGGUGUAAACCAGGAGGAGAGAGAAGACCACCCCGUGCCAUCCACGAGCAACAAAGGGAUCCUUGAGAGGGCACCAGGAAGGGGUUUGGAUCUUGACAGCGGUGCCUCUGAAAGGGAGAGACCUUUACAGCAAGAGACGAGUUUACCCUCCAGGCAUUAAAAUGGGGCACUUGGGAAGGGGCCUCCUGUGUCUCCACCAUCAUUUCUUCUUGUCCUUGCUUGGUUUUCCCUGGUCGGAACCAAAGGAAGCAGCCAGCCCUUUUCCACCCUCAUGGGCAUCUCUAGGAACAAUGGGGGCCUCCAGCUCUUUCUCCAGCGCCUCUCCUUGUAGAGCUCCAAACACCUCGCCAACGAACCCCGUCUCCUUGUUUCCAUUGUACAAAGAACUGGAGAUCUUUAAGGUCUCCCUUCUGCCCCAACCCAUUCUGUGAUUCUACGAUUCUAAAUCAAGAGACGACCAUCCAGAAUGCUGUGAUUGGACUUGGUGUUGGACUUGGGACCAGGCCAGGAUUUGGGCUGGACCUGGGCUGAGCACAGAGAGGAUCUUCUUUAAUUUCCAAAGAUCUGUCCAGUUAGACUGUGCCUGGAGGACUGGGUAUUGGCAUCCUUCUCCUUCUGCUUCUCCUUCUUGUCCAACAGGUUGCUCAGGGCCUGGGGCAGGAGGAAAUUAAGCACCUUGAAGUGGAAUUUGUCCAGCUCUUUCCUGCAGGAGCACCCAGCCUCGCACACGGUCCUG